CUUGAAUGGUCUGUGACUUUGCUAUUGAAGUCAAUCGCUUUUAUAUCAUCGCUAGCACGAUCAUCACCUAUCCCACUCCCAAACCACAUCCCCCAAAAUCCCAACCACCAACCGGAGAACCACCCCUCCCACCCCUCCCACCCCUCCCACAAUGACACACACAGCCUUCUUCUACGGCACCCUCAUGGCAACCCCCGUCCUCCACCGCGUCAUCCACAACCCAACCAUCCCCUCCUCCCUCCUCCCAACCCUCACCACUCGCCCCGCCAUCCUGCAAAACCACACCCGGCACCGCGUCCGCCACGCAGAUUACCCGGCCGUCGUUCCCUCCGAUGACCAAGGCGCCUGUGUGCGCGGCGUGCUGGUUUCCGGGCUAUCGGACGCGGAUAUCUGGCGCUUGGAUGUUUUCGAGGGGGAGGAGUAUGAGAGGAGGAGGGUGAGGGUGAGGGUUUUGGAUGGCGGGGAAGAGGAAGGAGAAGGGGAGGAAGUCGAUGCAGAGACGUACAUCUGGAUCGCAGGCGCGGAGCGGUUGGAGCCGCAGGAGUGGGACUUUGACGAGUUUGUGAGGGAGAAGAUGAGGAGGUGGGUUGGGGGGAGUGAGGAGGAGAGGGAUUCGGGGUUUAAGGAUGUGGAUGAUGCCGUCGCUGCGCUACAGAAUGAUCCUACCGGGGGGAGAGGUUUCAAUGGCCAGAUUACGAGGGCUUUGGAGAAUGGCAGCGAGGCCGGGAAGACGAUGAUCAGAAGUGCGGUGUGAGGAAAUAAUGGCUCGAGGUCGGUUGCCGCCGGGAAUCUCCUUGCACCGGACGCUUCGUUUUGCUCUGCUAGUGCCAAUACUCCUCAUAAAAGACAUAGAUUAGCGUUCAGGAAGCAAACCUAGAAAGCAAGCAUCCCACAGCGACGAACGACGAUAGCAGUCACUGUACAUCCCACGAAUAAUAGAAGAACAUCAUGUUCACCCUGUUUUGCAAUCGCCUCGCUUCUCUCUGUUUCAUAGAUCAACCAACUUUCAGCGGAAAUUGUUUCAAGACGGUCGUAUUGUUGCACAGUAUUUGGGUCGUUAAACUUAGCAUUAGAAGAUUCUUCACAUGUGCAUAC